GGCGCGCACUCGCUCUUUCGUGUCAGUGCCCGGCCCGGCCGCCCGCGCGUCCCCGCCGCUCCCGCCGCGCCACCGGCACCGCUCCCGCCGCGCCGCCGGCACCGCCCGCCCCGCGCUCUGCACAGCCCCGGCCGCCGCCCCUGCGCCGCCAGGCACUGCCGCCAUCAUGGUGAAGAUCGCCAAGACCCCGAAGAACCAGAUCAAACAGAAGAAAAUGGCUCCUCCUCCGAAAAAGUUCGAGGAGAGCGAAGAGGAAGAGUCCUCUGACCUAGACGAAAGCAGCGGAGAAGAGAUGAUCCCUCAGAAGAAACCACAAAAAGUAGCUGUUACCCCAGCCAAGAAGGUUGCUACACCUGCAAAGAAGGUUGCUACUCCUGCGAAAAAGGCAAUUACACCUGCAAAGAAGGCUGUGCCUACUCCACAGCCCAAAAAGGCUGUUGCUCCAUCACCUAAAAAGGCAGCUGUCCUAACCAAAGGAGCAAAAAAUGGAAAGAAUGCCAAGAAGCAAGAGAGCGAGGAGGAGGAUGACGACGAAGAUGAUGAUGAAGAUGAGGAGGAGGAUGAGGAGGAGGAUGAAGAGGAAGAAGAUUCUGAUGAGGAAGAGGAACCACCAAUGCCUGUGAAGCCUGCAGCCAAAAAGCCUGCAGCAGUACCAGCCAAAAAGCCUGCAGUUGUGCCAGCAAAGCAGGAAUCUGAAGAGGAGGAUGAAGAGGAUGAUGAGGAAGAUGAUGAUGAAGAAGAUGAUGAGUCUGAAGAUGAAGCCAUGGACACAGCCCCUGUUCCAGUGAAGAAAACCACUCCAGCCAAGGCCACACCAGUGAAAGCCAAGGCAGACUCUGAAGAUGAGGAAGAUGAUGAUGAGGAAGACGAUGAAGAGGAUGAUGAGGAUGAUGAAGAGGAGGAUGCUGAGGAGGAAAGUGAGGAUGAAAAACCUGUCAAGGAAGCACCUGGAAAGAGGAAGAAAGAAAUGGCCAAUAAAAGUGCACCAGAGGCCAAGAAGAAGAAAACAGACGGGCCUGUGUCAGCUUUCUCCCUCUUUGUGGGAAAUUUGGUCUGCACCAAGGAAUUUGAAGAGCUGAAGGCUGGCAUCAGAGAAUUCUUUGGGAAGAAGAAUAUUGAAGUUUUAGAUGUCAGAAUUGGUGCUUCCAAGCGGUUUGGCUAUGUGGACUUCUCAUCUGCUGAAGAUCUGGAUAAAGCUCUCCAAAUGAAUGGAAAGAAGUUAAUGGGUUCAGAAAUCAAACUGGAAAAAGCAAAGAGCAAGGAAACUAUGAAAGAAAAUAAGAAAGAGAGAGAUGCCAGAACACUGUUUUUGAAGAACCUGCCCUACCGUGUAACCGAGGAUGAAAUCAAGGAGGUGUUUGAAAAUGCAGUAGAAGUCCGGAUAGUACUGAACAAGGAUGGAAGCAGCAGAGGGAUGGCCUAUGUUGAAUUCAAAACAGAAGCUGAGGCAAACAAAGCUCUGGAGGAGAAGCAGGGCACGGAGAUUGAGGGUCGUGCUGUGAUCAUUGACUUCACUGGUGAGAAGAGCCAGCAAGAACAUCAGAAAGGAGGUGGAGAGAGGGAGUCAAAGACCCUAAUCGUCAACAACCUCUCGUACGCCGCUACAGAAGAGACGCUCCAAGAACUGUUUAAGAAAGCUUCUUCCAUCAAGCUGCCACAGAACAACCAGGGCAGGUCUAAAGGGUAUGCGUUCGUAGAUUUUCCCACAGCUGAGGAUGCCAGGGAGGCAUUGAAUUCCUAUAACAACACAGAGGUUGAAGGCAGAACAAUCAGACUGGAGUUCAGUGCACCAUCAUGGCAGAAAGGGAACACGAACGCACGAGGAGGAUUCAGUCAGCAAAGCAAAACGUUGUUUGUCAGAGGCCUUUCUGAGGACACCACGGAAGAGACACUAAGAGAAUCAUUUGAAGGCUCUAUAAGUGCAAGAAUAGUCACAGACAGAGACACUGGAUCAUCUAAAGGGUUUGGAUUUGUGGACUUCAGCUCUGCAGAAGAUGCCAAAGCAGCUAAAGAAGCCAUGGAAGACGGAGAGAUAGAUGGCAACAAAGUGAUCCUUGAUUUUGCCAAGCCAAAGGGUGACUUCCAGCGUGGCGGCGGAUUUGGUGGUCGUGGCGGCAGAGGAGGCGGCCGAGGAGGAAGAGGUGGAUUUGGUGGCAGAGGUGGUGGCAGAGGAGGAUUUGGAGGUAGAGGUGGCUUCCGAGGAGGCAGAGGAGGAGGUGGAGAUCACAAGCCACAAGGAAAAAAGAUAAAGUUUGAAUAAACUUCCCCUUUCCUUCCCCUUCUUCUGCUCUCCGAGACUAUCUGAAAGGACUCCGGGGGUUUUUAUUCUCCUUUGAUCUUGGCGGAGCCUUCGGAGGACAUUCCAAGAAGCGAAGCAGUACUGUGAGCCACUUGGAAAAUACUAAUUUUCAUUUCAAGGAAGCGAGAGCAAGCCAUUUUGACUGCUUGCCUGUUCAAAGGAACUUUUUAAAAAAAAACACAAGUGAUAGAUGUGGGAAUUUACCCCUUGUCUGUGAGUUGUCUUGAAUUUAUAAUGUUUUACCAUGUACAAAUUUUUUUUUCCUAUAAACUUCUGUAGCAUUUUUGCUGUAAAAAUGCAGAAUGUUUUAUCAUUUGUGCUUCAGCACCCUGUCUUGGACAGAUUAAAGGACCUAAACUGGUUCGUGUUACUUCUGUGCCACUAAAUGAAGCCAGGCUGGGAGAAAGAGGCUGUCUGUAGCCUUCCCUCUCUUGUAUUAAGGUCAUUAGUGUCACAGCAGCAGCUUCUGUCCUGCUUUGCUUGAGCUUGUGUCAGCUCCCAGCUGUGUGUGUGUGCUGUGUUAGAGUGCUUGCAGGAAGGAGGGCAGAAGAAUAUGAUUGCCGAGGUAAGCUCUGUGACCACAACCAUGUUUUAUUUUAUUUUUUUUAACUAAAGGUGCUGUGAUGGUGCUUAGUAGCCAAUUGCUCUUUUACAUUCUUUUUAAACAAAUGAGUAAAUCAGGUCUUGUACUAAG